CACGCGACAUAUUUACGACCCAUCCCCACAACAGGAGCUUUACAUUGGACGCGCAACGAUCGAGGCAGAGAGAAAAGGAGACUUGGAAAUUUUUUUCCUCGGAAAUCUUAAAUUCGCUUUGAAAAUACCCAGGCUUACAAAAAAAGCGUACGAAUUAGACCAUGGCGCAAGAGUACAUGAGAGCAGUUGACAUCAAGGGCGGCAAGGGCCCCAUCUCGGCCCUCUACAUCAACGAUAAAUACCCCAAGCCGGUCGCACGUGAAGGCCAGGCAAUCGUGAAGAUAAAGUACUUUGGUCUUAAUCGUGCGGACCUCCUCCAGCGUGAAGGAGGCUAUCCAUCUCCGCCACACGCCAGUCCCCUCAUGGGCCUUGAAUUCUCCGGGACGAUCGAAAGCAUCGCGCCGGGCGCUGAACGGGAGUUUAAGGUUGGCGACGAAGUCUUCGGACUUGCUUAUGGCGGGGCGUAUGCCGAGUACAUCGCCGUGAGCACGCACAUGCUCAUCCACAAGCCCCAAGAAUUGACGUGGGAGGAAGCGGCCGGUAUCCCGGAGACAUGGAUGACGGCUACUCAGGCGCUCUAUCUUAUUGCCGGCUUCGUCCCAGGCAAGAGCGUGCUCUUUCAUGCCGGCGCGUCGGCUGUAAGCAUUUCAGGUCAACAGCUUGUAAAGGCGGACGGAGCAAGUAAGAUUUUCGUGACUACGAGAAGCGAGGAGAAGAACAGAUUCUGUGUGGAGAAGCUAGGUGCUACAGCUGCGUUUCUACAGACGGGCGAUUGGGCGGAAGAGGUGUUGAAAGCAACAGAUGGCAAGGGUGUCGACAUCAUUAUUGACUUCAUCGGUGCGCCGACAUUCGGAAGCAACUUGAAGGCCUUGGCUCGAGACGGAAUUUGCGUCACUCUAGCGGCAUUAGGCGGGGUGGAAUUGCCGGCAGGUGUAAAUAUCGGCCUGUUGCUGUACAAACGUAUCCGCUACGAGGGAAGUACACUGCGCAGCAGGGAUGAGGAAUACCAGGGAAGGCUCCGAGAUCAGUUGGUUGAGCAUGCUAUGCCCAAGUUUAAGGACGGGACUUUCAAGGUGUUUAUCGAGAAGGUGUUUGACAUGGAGCAGAUCCAGCAGGCGCAUGAGUUAAUGGCGAGUAACAAGACGAAGGGAAAGUUGAUAUGCCGAGUUUCAUAGUUUCGAGGACUAAGCGUCCAGACUAUUGAGAAAAUAAGAGCAAAGUUCUGUUGCCUAUAUCGACAGAUAAAUUACGAAGAGCCACGCUGAAAACAAGUGCCGUAGCUUUCGUACUCAAAGAUCGUCGAUUGGGUUGUUUAUUCUUGUCUCAUACAUAUGAUGUAUGCAUCCAGCUCGAAGUCUCCCGUAGUUGAACGCGGAAAGACUGAGCGAGGCAAGAGACGUCUGAAAAAC